AUGAACGCUGGAGAAUCCGAUCCGAUUUCAAAACUGAGUUUGCCACCUGGGUUUCGAUUUUAUCCCACAGACGAGGAGCUUUUAGUUCAGUAUUUAUGCAGAAAAAUUGCAGGUCACCAAUUUGCUCUACAAAUCAUUGCUGAUAUUGAUUUGUACAAGUUUGAUGCAUGGGAGCUUCCCAGCAAAGCCAUGUUUGGAGAAAAAGAAUGUAAAAAUGGUGGCUCAAGGUUGGACGAUUGGGUGCUAUGCCGGAUUUACAAGAAAAACUCAUCAAAUGGGCAAAGCCGCAGUUUUUCUGAUGCACAGAGCAAAGAGUAUAGUCAUGGUUCAACUUCGUCGUCAUCGCAUCAAUACGACGACGUUAUGGGGUAUUUGCCGGAGAUUGAUAACCGGUUUUUCUCUCUGCCAAGAAUGAAUUCUCUGAAGACUUUUCAUCAAGAAGAUCAGAAAUUGAAUCUUCAAAACACGGGCUCUGGGAAUUUUGACUGGCACGCUCUAGCUGGGCUCAACUCGGUGCCUGAACUCGGUCAAGUCCAGAAGGGUCAAACUCAGGGAAUUAUGAACAGCCAGAAGAUCAUGAAUGGCCAGAAUGAAGUGUAUGCCCCUGCUACGCAGCAACAACUUGGCAGUGUUGUGGAUGAUGAGGUACAGAGUGGACUCAGAAAUGGAUUUUCCCAGAGUUCUACGUUUACCAACUCGCUUGACCCGUUUUGGAUUCGGUUUUCGACUCAGCCGGGUGGUUUCGGGUUUAAGCAGUGA